CUUUGCGCCGAGUUUCAAGAUAACACAAACACUCACACACGACACCACUUUCUUUUCUUACAUUAUUGUCUUUUUUUCUUUUCUUUUUCAUUUUCUUUUUGUUUUCAUUCUUACACCACCACCAACCACCAAAACCCGCCGCAAAAACAUGUCAACAACCACCCCUUCCUCCGCCGACACCUCCCCACCACCACCCCGCCCCACCAUCACCCUCCCACCCCGUCCCUCCGUCGAAGCAUUCUUCACUUCCAACGCCGUCAGCCCUGGUCCUAUGACACUUGUUUCAAGCUUCUUUGCAACUGAAUCCGCCACCUUCUCUCAGCUUCUUGCUGGUGCUAUGGCUUCACCUCUUGCUUUCUCUUCAUCUUCUUCCCUUGCUGGUGAAUAUAGUUUUGGUAAAGAAGAUGAUGGUGGGUCCCUUAAUGGUGGGUUUAAACAGAGUAGACCUAUGAAUUUGGUUAUUGCUCGUUCUCCUGUUUUUACUGUUCCUCCUGGUUUGAGUCCUUCUGGUUUUCUUAACUCUCCUGGCUUUUUUUCUCCUCAGAGUCCCUUUGGGAUGUCACACCAACAGGCUUUAGCUCAGGUUACAGCUCAAGCUGUCCUAGCACAAUCUCAAAAUAUGCACAUGCAACCUGAAUACCAGCUGGUCUCAUACGAAGCCCCCACUGAACGAUUGGCAGAGCAGCCGUCUUAUACUCGAAAUGAAGCUCCGGAGCAGCAAGUGACAGCACCUGUAUCAGAACCUAGAAAUGCUCAAAUGGAAACGUCAGAGAUUACACAUUCUGAUAAGAAAUAUCAACCAUCUUCCCUACCUAUUGACAAACCUGCAGACGACGGCUACAACUGGCGUAAGUAUGGACAGAAGCAGGUUAAAGGGAGCGAGUAUCCACGGAGCUACUACAAAUGCACACACCUGAAUUGUCCCGUGAAGAAAAAAGUUGAGCGUGCACCUGACGGCCACAUAACUGAAAUUAUCUAUAAAGGCCAGCAUAACCAUGAGAAGCCUCAGCCGAAUAGGCGGGUCAAAGAAAACAAUAGUGACUUGAAUGGAAAUGCAAACGUUCAGCCUAAGUCUGACUCAAACUCACAAGGCUGGUUUGGAAAUUCAAACAAAAUUAGUGAGAUCGUGCCUGAUUCUUCGCCGCCAGAGCCUGAGAGUGACCUGACGUCCAAUCAAGGGGCUAUCAGACCACGACCUGGAUCAAGUGAGAGCGAGGAAGUCGGUAAUGCAGAGAAUAAGGAAGAGGGAGUUGACUGUGAGCCAAACCCUAAGAGAAGGAGCAUUGAACCGGCGGUUCCUGAAGUACCUCCAUCUCAGAAGACUGUCACAGAACCCAAAAUUAUUGUGCAAACAAGAAGUGAAGUUGAUCUUUUGGAUGAUGGCUACAGAUGGAGAAAGUAUGGUCAGAAAGUGGUGAAGGGAAAUCCUCAUCCAAGGUAA